CCGGAUCCAGCCCCAGCAGCAGCGGCGGCUCCACACACCACACAUCCACUCCACUGAAAUGUUUUAUUUAACAUGCCAUACCGGAAGGAGAAGCCAUAUUUAUCCAGCCCUCACUUCAUAGCCAUCCAUUACUGCCACGGCUCAAUGCAAUAACAACAGGGAGCCGGGAUACAAUGCGGCGGCCAGCGCAAGGUUUUUAUACGUAUGGGUGGAUGGAUGCUGUCCCUAUACUGAAUUGCACUCACUUAACCCCAUGCAGUGCAGUCCCCAGUCACAGGAGCCCAGGAGAAGCAUUUCACUAUCGUCGGGUCACUCGGGACCUAGGUCCAUGCCUCUGCAACGCCUGUGCACCGGAACCCCCCAAACUGCUGGUCCACCGGCCGGUGAAUGAUGUUUAAAUACCGGCUCCGCAUGUUCUUCAAUGAACUUAAGGUUCUGGUGCUGACCCGAUCUGGGAGAAGUGAACCGGAGCCGGGCCACGCUAUGCGAGGGCUCGGGGUUGGGGGCUGUGGAUGGCCACCCUUUGCAGACUGCUCCUCCAGAGACGAUGAUGAGGAAUACUAUGGGUCAGAUCCUAGACCCCGCAGCCUUGGACUGGAGGAGAAGGAUGGAAGGCUUGGGGCUGCGCUGGACGCUGUGUCCCUGGGCAGCAGCAUUGACAGUGGCAUGAGGACCCCGCAGUGCAGAAUCUGCUUCCAAGGCCCUGAGCAGGGAGAACUGCUGAGUCCAUGCCGCUGUGACGGGUCUGUGCGCUGCACACAUCAGCCUUGCCUAAUACGAUGGAUUAGUGAGCGGGGAUCCUGGAGCUGUGAGCUGUGUUAUUUCAAAUAUCAUGUCCUAGCUAUCAGUACUAAGAACCCCCUCCAGUGGCAGGCCAUUUCUUUGACUGUGAUCGAGAAGGUCCAGAUAGCAGCUAUAAUCCUGGGCUCCCUCUUCCUCAUCGCCAGCAUAUCCUGGUUAAUCUGGUCCUCUCUCAGCCCCUCAGCCAAAUGGCAGCGACAGGAUUUACUGUUCCAAAUCUGCUACGGCAUGUACGGCUUCAUGGACAUAGUCUGUAUAGGUUUGAUUAUCCACGAAGGAUCAUCUGUCUAUCGGAUCUUCAAGCGAUGGCAAGCCGUGAAUCAGCAAUGGAAAGUUCUGAACUAUGAUAAAACCAAGGACCUUGGGGAACCUAUUAGUGGGACUACAAAGCUUGGGGGAAGGAAUUCACGGACGAAUCAUUCUUCUCACAAUGAUAGAGGCCCAGGGCGGAGCCAGCGGGUUAGGACUAUAUUAAACCAUCACUGUGGUUAUACAAUCCUACACAUCCUCAGCCACCUGCGGCCUAAUGAACAUCGAAAUAGCUCAAACUCCAAUAGGGAGGUGGUGAUGAGAGUGACAACAGUAUGAGGAAUUGUCUGAAUUGUUGAAGGAAAUGGUUUGCUGCUAUCCUUCACCGGCUUUACUGAUGCCACCUCUGCAAUGGUGUCAGACAGUGAAAGAAGAGAGCUUUGUUUUGCUGGAGAAAACAGCGAAUUCCGAUCCCUGAGGCCCCGGCCUUUCAGUGCACUUUGGCCAACUGUGCUAAUGUAUGAAACGCCCAGAUUUUUAUUUUUCAAAAGUUGGGCCUUCUUUUAUCACAUAAUACUUCUCUGUGCGUCUUCUCAGCUACAAAUUCGCCCAGUCUGAAUCGAAAAGAUAGGUUUCCCUUCCAACAGAAUGCCAUCGACUGAAAAAGAUCUUAACCGAAACGUUGAAAUAAGUCGAAAGCACAAGCCAGCGGUUAAAAAACCCCACAAGAACCAAGUCUUAACUUUUUUACCUCAGCUUUAAGGGAUGAUAACAUCACAGAAAACCAUAGAUAGGAUACCAAACUGAAAAGGAAAGUAAUUGUAAGAAAUGCCUAAACACGAAGGUAAAUACAGCAGAAAUAACAAAAAGACUCCGAAGCGGUUCACAACUUUCUAAGCGAUGAAUAGGUGCAAUAAAACAUAUUUUUACGGCAAAAUGGGAUCUUUGCAAUAAGACGC